AAUUAAACACCCAGUAAAACGACCCUCCAAAUUAUUGAUCAGAUAAAGGUUUCAAAGGUACUGUUGUGAAUCGGGCAUCGCCAUCUUUGCAAAGAGGGUCGUUUGAUAUUAUGCUUACAGUCCCUUUAACGAGAACUUUUUUCAACUAAUUUUCAUCUCUUAAUGGCGGUACUGAAGGAAACAAGGGCUGUGAUCAGUUAUUAUCAAUUUUUUAGAAAACAAAUUAUGUGCUCUCCAUCCAAAUAGGUUUUUUUUUUUUUUUAAUUUACUAAAACCUUCUAUUGGCACAUUUAAUCCGAACUGAAGCAAUAUUAAACAUUUAUGUAAAUUAACAUUCCUUUGCAAAAAUAAAUUAUGUAAAAAUGUAAAAAGUACUAGUAAUUCACAGACCAAGGACCAUUCAAAGAAAGAUCGUAAAAAAUAAUUUGAACCAAUAAUGAAGUGAUUCCUUUAAUAUAUAAAAACAGAUAAAUGAGAAAGUCAUUUUGUUUCAUAAGUUUUCUAUUAAAAAAGGGUCCUUGGUGAUACUUGCAAAUUAACCUUCCUUUAUUGUAUCUCUGUAUACUUGUAUCAUACUUGUAUCCCUUUAUCCUCAUGCAUCCCUGUAUCCUUGUAUAUUCUUUGUUGCAAUGUGUGAGCACUGUUUCAGAUAGUAUGGAUAUACCCCUGCCAGGGGAAAUCCCACUCCCGGGAUUAUCUAAUCCCGCUGAGAUUCCCAUUCCGGGAUUUUUUGAUCGGCUACCGCCCCCGCCUCCUCACCAGCCUCCUGCUCCGCCCGGCCCGCCUCCAAUUUUAAACAAUUCUGCCAAUUUUUCUAAUUCGAUAAACCGCGCAUUUAAUCCAUCAGGACCUCCAGCUAGUUUUUCUAGCCCCGGAUUGAAGCCUUCAGCGCCUCCAAUGAUGGCCUCCAAAGCUUCCUUCCCUCCACCCUCCGAUGAUGUAGACGUAUUGUUCCAGCCUCCAACUCACAAAGAGGCUGGAGAUGAUCCUGAUUUCUAUUCUCCUUUUUCUCCCUCCAGGGCUAGUCCAGAGUCGUCUCCUUUAAAGCGCUCUGACGGUAGUGACGGAGACGGCGUGGAGACGAUUAAACCCUGGGGCCGCCGCUCCGGUGGGGCUCAGCUUCCUGUCUACGGCCCUCCAGCCCCUCCACCGAGUACACAACCUCCCGAAGACCCGACUCCGCCACCCAAAAUCGCGCAGUUUAUCGGUCCAGACGAGGCAGAGCUUGCGGCGGAGCGAGGCGGUCCGGUAAAAGGGUUUGUGAUGGGCGCGGAUGAAGCAAAGCAAAGACUGAAAGCUUACGCUGCUUGGAAAACUGGCAAUAUGGGCCUCAUGCUUCCAAACAAGAAAAAGCAGGAAGUGAAGAAGAAAGAUGAUGAGACAACAGAGAAAAAGAAACCAGGGAACUAGAAAGAAAUCAGACUAAUCAAUUUGUAACGUAUAUUUAUAUAUUGAA